CUCCUACUUGAGACACACCGUCCAGGGAGCGUGAAAGGCCAGCGCAGGACACACACAUUGACAUUGAUUGUGCUGUCGCCGUUUUAAGGAUGUCUCUGCAUACAUGGCUGCAGCUGUGCAUAGCGGCGCUGAGCGUGUGUGUGAGGGCCAUAGAUCGGACAGAGCUCCUCCGGUACGGAGAGCACACCGGAGACCGAUCGCUCGAACCCGGGGCCGGGACCGACCAGAGGAGCCAGCAGCUCGCGCUGGACAAACCUCUCCACUUUUACCACGGCAAAUUCCACAGUGUGUUCAUUAAUACCAAUGGAUUUGUUGCUAUGGAGGAGCCAACAGCUGAGUAUCAGAACAACAUGCCUGCCAGUUUUGGCAUGAUUGCAGCAGCCAUGGGAAAUCUGGACACCAGUAAUGGGGUUGGGAAAGUCUACUUCCGCCAGGACGCCAGCCCCACAACCUUGCGGCAAGUGGCUGACCACAUUAACCGGGCCUUUCCUGAAGAUGACGAGGUAGAGCCCAUUCAUGCCUUAGUGGUCACCUGGGAGAAUGUGGAGCCUCAUGAGUCCUCACGCAGAGGAGAUGUGCUGGACGGCAAGAGGAACACCUUUCAACUUGUUGUGGCUUCAACGGAGACUGCUAGCUAUGCGGUUCUCUUGUACCCACGGGACGGAUUGCAGUUCCAUUCAACACUUGUGGGGGGCACGAGCAAGCCCAUCGUAGCUGGAUUCAACCAAGGACACAUGAUGCCCUGGUCCUCCUGGAGUCAAGAUUCAUUCUAUAAUCUCAUCUCCACGAAUGAGGUGUCUGUACGAGACCUUUCUGAACAAACAAACUCUGGCAAACGUGGUGUGUGGGUAUACGAGAUAGGCACUUCUCCUUACUUCUCAGCCAUCGCACCUGGGGAGGUGACAGACCUGCCUCCAGAGGCCCCCCAGGAAGGUCAUGCUGUGGAAGAGGCGGAGGAGGUGGAGACAGUCUCAGAGUUCCCGGUGUACAAAGUUUACCCACAGGAGGUUCCUCAGUUGUCCGGCUUCCCAGAAGAGCCUGAGGAAACCCAGCCGGCGGUGUAUCAGGAGCCAGGGCGCACAGAGAAGAUCGCGGCACACCCAGACCCUGUGGAGCCCUAUCCUGCUCCAAACCGUAUCCAGCCACUGCUGCAUGCAGAGGCCAUCCCUCACCAGCAGCCUCACUACCCAGAAGCUCCCCCGCUUUCACAUCCCCAUUACCAACCAGAAAAUCCACAGGUGGUGGUGGUGGAUGAUGGCGAUAUCAAUGUAGAUGUGUUCUCCUACAACUACGAAACGUGUGCUACCACACGGCACAAGUGUUCCAGCUUUGCAGAUUGCAGGGACUAUACCGGGGGCUACUGCUGCCACUGCCGCCCUGGUUUCUACGGCAACGGGAAGGACUGUGUGGCUGAAGGUAAACCCCAAAGGAUGAACGGCAAAGUCAGCGGCAAGGUUUUCGUGGGCGACUCUCCUGCACCCCUGGAGUUCAGCAACAACGACCUGCAUUCCUACGUGGUGGCCAACGAUGGUCGGGCCUAUAUAGCCAUCAGCACAAUCCCCCCUAGCCUUGGCCCCUCCCUGCUUCCCCUCUCCUCCCUUGGGGGGGUCAUUGGCUGGGCCUUUGCCUUGGAGCAGCCUGGCUAUGAGAACGGCUUCAGCAUUGUUGGAGGAGAAUUCACACGACAGGCCGAGGUGACCUUCCUGCCUGGCGACGAGAAGCUGACCAUCAAACAGGAGUUCCGAGGCAUAGACGAGCAUGACCAUCUUGUGGUUAACACAGAGCUUCAGGGCAGGCUGCCAGAGGUCCCACAGGGCUCCACUGUGCAAAUUGAGCCCUACACUGAGGUCUAUCAGUAUGGCAACAAUGUGAUCACCACCUCUUCAUUGCGGGACUACACAGUCACCUUGGACAAUGGUGUCACGCAGACAAAGUCCUUCCACUGGAAACAGACCAUUGUAUACCAGAGCUGCCCCCAUGAUGAGAUCCCUAAGGUUGACUACCAAGCCCAGCAGCUCAGUGUGGACCAAGUCUUCGUGAUGUAUGAUGCAACCAACCAGCUCAUCCGCUACGCAAUGAGCAACAAGAUCGGCUCCAUCCACAGUGGAGAGCCUGAGCAGAAUCCCUGCUUCACCGGCAGACAUGGCUGCGACACCAACGCGGCCUGCCGACCUGGCCAGGGGAACCAGUUCACCUGCGAGUGUGCCACUGGCUUCACUGGGGAUGGGCGAACUUGCUAUGACAUCGAUGAAUGCAGAGAGAUGCCCCAGAUCUGUGGCCCUCACGCCAUCUGUAACAACCAGCCCGGCACCUUCCGCUGCGAGUGUGUUGACAGCUUUCAGUUUGGCAGCGAUGGACAGACCUGCAUCAAGGUGGAUCGUCCUAUUGACCACUGCCAGGCUGGGACCCACAACUGUGACAUCAUACAGCGGGCUCGCUGCAUCUACACUGGAGGCUCCAGCUUCAUUUGCUCCUGCUUGCCAGGCUUUGAGGGUGAUGGCCGCAUCUGCCAAGACAUAGAUGAGUGCCAGCCGGGCCGCUGCCACCAAGAUGCGGUGUGCUCCAACACACCAGGCUCCUUCAGCUGCCAGUGCAGGCCUGGUUUCCAUGGUGACGGCUUCCACUGCUCAUCUGGUUCUGAGCGUGAGAAGACGCAGUGUGAGAGACACCGCGACGGUGCCCUGGUGGGCUCCUCCGCCUUCGGCCCUCGGGGCCCCCGUCCGCUGCCUGGCCAGUUCAUACCCACCUGUGAUGCCCUGGGAAACUACGAGCCCACCCAGUGCCACUCAAGCACCGGGCACUGCUGGUGUGUGGACCGCAACGGUCAAGAAAUUCCAGGCACGCGUGCUGGGCCAGGAACGCAACCCAUGUGCAUUGAGCCGAGCGUGGUGCUCCCACCAGUGGGUCCUACCACUCGGCCUGAUGUCAGCCCUUUGCCCCCGGGUUCCCACCUGCUGUUUGCCCAAUCUGGGAAGAUCGAACACAUUCCUCUGGAUACCACUGGCCUCACUCUUAAGAAGAGUGAGGCCAAGGCUGUGUUACAUAUUCCGGACAAAGUUGUUAUUGCUGUGGCCUACGACUGUGUGGAGAAGAUGGUCUACUGGACUGAGAUUACUGGACCCUCUAUCAGCAAGGCUAGCUUACAGGGCGGGGACCCCAUUCCGGUCAUUCAAUCAGAUCUGGAAAGCCCCGAAGGCAUCGCAGUGGAUCACCUGGGCCGAACCAUGUUCUGGACCGAUUCCAUGCGGGAUGUGAUUGAGGUGGCCUCUCUGGAUGGAAGCCAGCGUCGCGUUCUUUUCAACACCGACCUGGUCAACCCCCGAGCCAUUAUCACUGACUCAGUCAAUGGGUAUCUCUACUGGGCAGACUGGAACAGAGAUGCGCCGAAGAUCGAAACCUCUUAUAUGGAUGGGACAAACAGAAGGGUGCUGGUGAAGGAUGACCUGGGUUUACCCAACGGAUUGACUUACGACCCCCAAACCUCCCAGCUCUGUUGGGCUGAUGCCGGAACUCAUAAAGUGGAGUGUAUAACACCCAGUACAGGAAACCGCAGGAAAGUCCUGGACGGGAUCCAGUACCCCUUCGAUAUCACAUUCUAUGGGAGGAACCUCUACUACACAGACUGGAGGAGGGAUGCGGUGAUCGUGGUGGACUCCCAGGUGGGGAAGGAGACGGAUGAGUUCCGCCCACAGAAACAGUCCCGGCUGUACGGCAUCACCGCCGCGUACACCCAGUGCCCCUACGCGCAAAACUACUGCAGCGUGAAUAACGGAGGCUGCACACACUUGUGUUUGGCGACCCCUGCUGGCCGCUCCUGUCUUUGCCCCGAUAACGCGGUGGACGUGCGCUGUGUGCAGAGAGAGAGCCAGUCCUGAGGAGGAGGAGGAGGAGGAGGAGGAAGAGCGACAGAUGAGUGUUUGUUAAUGGGGAUGAGCUCCAUAUGCUCUUUCUAAUCCUCAACUGAUCCAGUAAAAAGGGCCAUCUGUCACUCUAGAUACUCAACACCAAACAAGCACGGAAUGACGCACUGCCUCAGUGUCAUAGUUAUUUUCAUUUUAGCCCUAUCAUGCAUUUUCUCAAAGAAACUUAUGAUCAUUAUUUUACUGUAAAUAAAUUUAAGUGCAGAAUUAUCUGAAGAAAAUCUAAGUCCUCUGUUAAACAUAAAUAAGUCUGCAACAACAACACGUACAAGGAAUGUGUGUAACCGCUUGUCCCGAGCGGGGUCCCGGCGAACCGGAGCCUAACCCGGCAACACAGGGCGU